AUGGCGCCCAGAAUCUCAACGUACGGUCGGAAAAGGAGCUUGCUGAAAUCGCUGGGCUCCCGUCGCCUGCAGAAGGUGGGAAAUGCCGUAGCAUCAGAAAAUGACCUUGGGUUGCCCGCCAUUAAUUCUUCGGCGCGUACUGACUGUCGAAUCGUGGCAAAAGCUCGCCUCAUCAACCGCUUGAGUAGCAUUGAUCAGAUUGCGAGUGCGUUACUCGAUGACUCGGAUGAAAAUGUGAAUAGCAGCGGCGAUGUAGCCUCGGCUGAAACCCAGGGCCAGAUUCCGUCGUCCAUGUCGAUGCCGAUACCGAUACCGAUGCGAGACAUGUCUGCACAAGUUGUGGCAAAGGCCCACAUGGCUCCAUUUGGCAUGCAUCCAGUGUUUGAACCCGACAAUCAGUCAUCGGAGGUUCAGAAAUCGCCGCCCAAAAGAAUCAGGAGUUCAUGGGCACAGGACAGUCCUCGUCAGAAUUCUCGGGGCUCGCAUUUCACGAAACCAGCACCGCAUCAUUUCGUGUCACCGCUUGAUUUUCUUGCUGAGAAUGGUGCGCAGCACGAGAGCAGCCAGCAGCAAGAGCAAUUACGUGCGUUUGAAGAAGACGAGAAUAUUCUGCGCCCGCUUCCGCAGAGCGUGACCAUGCCCGCUGGUAGAGCUCAUACGGACGAGAUCAGCCAAAAGGUGAUGCUCAUGUUGGCUGCUACAGACGCGCUGAAGCCGAAAUCAGCGCAAGGCAUUACUUCCUCUGCGUCAAAGAUAUCUCGCAUGGUUCCUACCAAAGUUCUCACAAAGGUGUCAACCGCUUGGGAGCGGUUCAGUGCAAAGCCGUCAACACCCGAGCCAGCCUCUGGUGCCAAGCUUGGAAUUAAGCCGCGAGAAGAGGCCAAGGAUACUGCCAUGUCGGAAUGGGCCUCUACAAACGCAGUGUGCCAUGGUCGUCAUUCGACCGACUCGAUCGAGCGGAGCAUUCACGAUGCCAACUUCCACAAGAGAAAAAUGCAAAAAGUACUGGGGGGGUCCGCAAUUAGAAAAGCCAACUCGGUGUCCCGUAAGCCUCCACAACCCGGCGAAGCGAUAGAGGUUUCUGUUGGCGAGCCCACGACGGUUCAAGCACCGCCGGCUGCCAAUUACCAAUGGGAUAUUUCGGGAGCCGGGAUCGAUAACGGGGCAACCGCGGCGGGGGAGACAGCCGAAUGUCCUUUUGAGUCGGAGGUAGGAUUCGAGCACGACCUCGAGGAUAGAAUCUUGAGCACUGAGCCGACCGGGUCCUCUACACCACGAGCGCGAUCACUAAGAGGUUCUAUAGCGACCUCCUUGACUGAUUCUGCUCAGAGUCUCCACUCGGACGUUCAAGUACGAUUAGCCAGAGUUGUCAUCAAACUGGGAGACGGAAAAUUGGCCGGUACCCCGGCGCGGGAGGUGAUGUUGAAGCCAAGCCAGUCAGGAGGGGUCGUCAGGAUGGCGACGGCGGGCCAGGUUCGACCACGGGAGACUCUGAAUGCCGGCAACCGUGUCAGCUACGUCAAAGGUGAUGAGAGGGUAAAGAAGCAUCCAUCCCCUAGCAAGCAGCAGUUGGAAGAACUUGAGGUGGGCCUUCAGCGGUACUUUCCACCCGAGGCGCCCGCCCCCGACCUUGACGUUGACCAAGCCGCAGAAAAGAAGGACCAAGCACGCCGAUAUUGCUCACGAAAGAUCGUAACCGAUUGA